AUAUUUUACAAAUAUAUAAAAAUGUCGAAGACAUUGACAACAAUUUUCUUUACAAUUUUACUUGUUUCUUUACUUACAUUACAAAUAGAUAAAGCUGUUGCAGAUUUAGUUUCUGACUGUAUGCAAAAAUGUACAGAUGAAGUUAAGAAAAAUCCAUCAUUUAAUGUACAAUUAUGUUACUCCUAUUGUAUGGAUCCAAAAUCUCCAUUCGCUAAAGAUGUUGUAAAACCUACGAGUGAUGUCACCAAAUGUCUUGAUAAAUGUUCAAGUAAGCAAAAAUUAUAUAACAUAAUUUUUUACAUGCUAACUUAUUUUUACUAUCGAACUAAACAAAAUAUUAUAUUUCAGAACAAGGAUUAGCUAAUCCAACAUUUGAUAUGAGAGGCUGUUUCAACAAAU